UAAUGUGAUUCGUCUUGAUAUCUUACUCUGAUACAAGUGAUAAGAAGUAUAUUGGUAAUUGGUUCAAGGAAGAAGCUUUGAGAGCUAAACUAAGAAUAUACCUGUUUUUUGUUAUGCCGACAUGCUAUGCUUUCAAGUCAAUCGGACUGAUGAUCUUGUUGAUUUAUGUAUGUAAUUUAUAACGACAUGUCUGCUACUUCUGAGUUGGCUAUUUGGUUUAAAAUCCUAAGCAGUUACGUAUAAAUGUAAAUAAUGAAGCUGUCACAAGGAGGGUGUUGUUGCUCUCUUCUGGGGUAUCUAUGAUAUCAUAACUCUAACUCUAUGUUUGUGACAUUAAUUUAGGAGAUGAUUAAUUAGUGGGCACAAUGUUGUACCCUAAGAUAUAUUUUCUGAUGACAAGCUUCGGUAUUGGUACUAGUAUACUUAUAAACCAAAAACCGCAACUGAUAUCCUACCCUCCUGAAGAGGGUUGGGGAGGGUUGGGGUAUUGGUACUAGUAUACUUAUAAACCAAAAAUCGCAACUGAUAUCCUACCCUCCUCAAGAGGGUUGGCCAAUUGGCCAACACCUGAUGCACGGCACUAUUAGACUGUAGAAAGACAUAUUUUGUGUCCCAACCUGCCUGAUCUGAUAUUUUAUUAGGCCUGUCUUUAGAAUUUCUUUGCAGUCUUGCAUCACUCCGAAAAAGGCUUCAUCUUUAUAUCGUAAAGUGCACGUCUAAAACAUUCUGUAUAUGUCGAGCAAUGAUGUUGGUGAACCAAGCAGCAGCCGCUUCGGACACAUUUUUUGUCCAUUUUUUUCAUGACCGAAAUGAUCUCGAUGUUGGUAAAUCAAGAGGCAGGAGCCAUCCUUAGAACUGGAGUGCCCCGCACAGUUCCCAGAUGCAUACCUAUCUGUAUAGAUACAGAACCCACAAAAAAAAAAUGACCGCCAUCUUUACAGGGAAAGGAGUUUGCACUUGGACGCAUAAUGUGUCAUUGUUUGUCCAUAACUCAACCGAUUUCCUGUUCCACAUGGAGGGCUGUAAGACAAUCCUCUGCUCAGGAUUUGAGUGUGAAAGUUCCGGCAUGGGUGGAAGUUAUGUGCACAGAGCUCUUUUUUAAUCCAUGUGAGAGUCAUGAAGAUUUCAGAAAGAAUAAAGAGGAUGGAUUUUGCAUCGAUUGUCAUCAGUCUUUCUGUUGCAAUUGUCUUCCUGCCCACGCACAUCACAGACAUCUCAAGAUUCGUAGAUAUGUUUAUUGUGAAGUUAUUAAUCGUCAAGAUUUAUGCAAGUUCUUUGAUUGUUCAGGGAUUCAGACAUAUCAUACAAAUAAAGAUAGAGUUAUAUUUCUGAAGCAAAGGUCUCAGCAGCCAUCACCACAAUGUCAGCAAAAUAAUCUGCGUUUUCUGCACAAUUGCAUCAUCUGUAAUAGGAGCUUGCAGACCUCACUAUACUGCAGCCUGCAAUGCAAGGUAUUCUCAAUGUCUAGAGAUGAACAAGCAGAGGAAGCUAACCAACAUUCGAUUGACGAAAAGGAAGAAGAUUUAUGUAAUUGCGGGGGCGAUGUGAUUGAAACUCUUUCUUCUCCCAAGAGACAAAAAUUAAGAAAAGGAGUUGCACUGAGGGCACCGAUGUUCUAGAUUACUUUGAUAUUGUUUUAAUGUAUCAAUUUCUUGUUCCUCAUUUGUCUCUAAACUGGUGUUUGCCUGUAUUUUGAAUUUUGUAUCCUGUAAUACUAAGUAAUUUACUGUA